UAUCUUUCUCUUCUUCCUGCUCUUCACUUCUUUACUCUCUCUUCCUUCCUCCCUUACUUUUCCUAUUUAUCUUUUCCUCUACCCUUUACGUCCUACCCUCUAUUCUCUCCUUUCACCUCCCUUCAAUAAUCUAGUGGUUACGAUUUUUCAAGAGUGCUUUAAUCUUCCAAUGAAACAUGCAAGUAACUAUGAACGUAUUAUAGAGAGACUAACACUUGAAGGCUUACUGACUCAUUACACCUUGCUAGUCUUGAAAUAAAUGAAAAAUAUGUCAUUAAAAAGCACGGGUGGCUUGACAAAUGUACGUGCUGUGUCCUUCUUCUACCGAUCUCUACGUGCUGUGUCCUUCUUCUACCGAUCUCUACGUGCUGUGUCCUUCUACCGAUCUCUUCUCGUUUUCUGUUAAAGGUAACGAAGAAAGUGAAAGAAAAUGAGGUCGGGGAUUCUGCUGCUCCUGGUGGUGAUGGUGGUGAUGCCUGAUGGCUACCUCGCUGACCAGUGCCCCUUAAACUGCCCCCUGCAAUACCACCCGGUGUGCGGCAGCAAUGAGGUCACCUACGCCAACAUGUGUGAAAUGGAGAAGGAUAGACUGUGCGACAACAAGGGCGACCUCAGCGUGUCCUUCUGCGGGAUGUGCUUGAAUCCUACUGAGGUAGUGUCGUGCUGUCCCCUGGAGUGCCCGGACAUCGUGGAGCCCGUGUGUGGCACUGACGGCAGGGAUUAUGCCAGCCCUUGUGAGGUGGACGAGGCAAGACUGUGCUAUAGAGUCAAUGUGCACGUUGACUACUAUGGCACAUGCAAACCACAUACCCCACCACCGCCACCCUGCCCCCUCCCCUGCCCCCCAGUGUUUAAGCCAGUGUGCGGGAGUGACGGCAUGACGUACCCCACCCUUUGUGACAUGAAGAACAACGCUUGCAACAACAACCUGGACUUGCAGAUGGUGUCCGUAGGCGGCUGUGAUCCACACUGCCCAGUCGAGUGCACAGACGAAUUCGAGUACAGGCCUGUGUGUGGCAGUGACGGCAGGACGUACGAUAACCUGUGCUCCCUCGAAUUCGCCCAGAUGUGUUACGACUCUUUGCUGUCCUACGCCUACGACGGGAUCUGCACUUACGUGUAUCAUGAUGAGGAAUCUGCCAGUGACGGUGACAGCCCCGCACCGUGCCCUGCGGAGUACGCCCCCGUGUGUGGCAGUGAUGGCAACACGUACAACAACACGUGCGAGCUGGACGCCGUUAAGACCACCACUGACUCUACCCUGACUGUGGCCAAUGAAGGGGAGUGUGAGUCCAGUGAAGCUAGUGAUGGUGGAAAUGGUGCAGCCAACGGUACGUACAGCGAGUCACUGCCAUAACUCAACACACACACACGUACACACACGCUACAGGACACCUACUCUCCUGCUUCGGAUAAUUCACUUGUGUCCUCUUUUAGGCUUGGUACCUUCGUAGGCCUCUCUCUCUUUCUAGCUUUCUUUUUGUUGCCCUACGUCAGAAUCCUUAAGUUGAAAGAAAAAAAUGGAAGUUAGCAAAGUCUGUUAGCGCUAACUAUGCUAACUUUCCCACCUCACAGACCAGGCGAGGUGAAGUUUGCCAGAGAUACGUAAGCCAACUUUCAUGUACUGUAAUUGUCACAUCCCAUACGAAGUGCAGUCGAUACCCGGGGUUCUAAUCGUCGAGCAGGCAUGAAUACAGUGAACACAACACACAAACAGCCAGAGAAGCACACUGAACAAACACAAACACACCAGCAAGACCAGAUAUGUAUGAACUGAAAAUAAAUAUACUGUCAUUAACUGAAAUAUAAAUAGUUUGACAACCUACUGAGGGGCGUGGCAGUCAGGCAGUGCGCCGAUGACGGGGGAGGCUGCCUGUGUGGACAAGCAUGGGAGGCAGGCAGGGAGGUCUUGCUCAGGGGUGGUGGUAAGGUGGGGUGGGUCUUUCUCCCAUUUACACAAACCGAUCUCAGGGGCGCGAUAAGAGGCGAGAAAUACAUGCUGGGGAUUCCAACUCCUGCCGUGGAGCGAACACUGACCAUCGAGCCAAUAGUGGUCAUUGGCAAUAGUGUGUACGUAAGUGUGUGUUGUAAUUACUCCACCCUCCCCCACACGCACCCUCCAGGCAGUACACACUCCCUGACACCAAAAUGUUCAUCCUUGUUCACCUUUCCCCAGACACUGCAAGCCCUGAGCAGCGCCCCGCCAAGUGCAAGCUGGACGCCGCCAAGACUUCCAACAACUCUGCCCUGACUGUGGCCCUUCUCGACAAUGUUUAAUUCAUUACUUCCUCUCUCUC